AAAAGAUCAGACGAGACAAUCAAGUAACAAUUUAUUUUUUCAAAAAUCAUGACAGAAUGCUAUAUCCCUAAAAACUUGGAAAUCGGGUUCAAAAUCUUUCAGAUUUCCCCUUUUAUUGCCACACCAAUUUAUUCAAUUGCGAUAUAUCUACUAAUUUAUCACUCGAGUAUUCAUGCAAAGCGAAUACGAAUUAUUUAUUUUCGAAACUUGACAUUAAAUGUGGUAUGUAUGGUAGCAAUUUCCAUAAUUUUGUGUCCAAUAUUUUAUUUACCAAUGUAUGGAUAUCAAUCUAAUGGACUUUUUCGUUUUGUGGAUUGGAAUUUGGCACUUCCUGCAAUUUUUACCGUUUAUUGUAUUUUAGGAGUUGUUAUAUCUGUUAUGGAUUUAUUUCACUAUCGAUUAAAGGCUAUAUUGACGAUGAACACAAAACCUCGGAAUUUAAAAAUUAAGCGUUUUGUUCAACAACUGAUUUAUCUUGCAUAUACUGUUCUUGUUUUCACUGCUGUAUCAUAUCUUGGACUUUUGAAGAUUCAAAGCUCACAAGAUGCAAUCAAGCCUUUAGUUUUUGAGAAAUAUCACAUGUCAGAAGUCUGGUGUCCUAGAUUUCUGGUCGCUGACCCUACAUCUUGGCCAAUCAUUCUUGCAAUUUGUACUACAAUUAUAUUUAUAAUUUCUGUUGGUUCAGUAGUUUUGUUAUGUGGUGGAUUUACAUUUAUGAUUCUUAUUUCAUCACGAAAUGAUUUAUCAAGUUUUACUUUGAGGGCUCAGAAAAAGUUUACAACCGUGUUGAUCAUACAGGCAAUAGUUCAUGUAGUUUUCAUAUUGGGGCCAAUUUUGGGUAUAGUUGUUUCAGUGUAUUUUGAAAUAUCAAUUAAAGAUGGUGGUCUAGUCUAUUUCUUUGUUGAAGCACAACAAGGAACUGCAUCAACACUUGUUUUCAUUUUUGCGCAUUCUGUGACCAAGAAGAUACUAAACUAUGCAACGAACUAUCUUCGAAUACUUAUUGGUCUUCAAGCGUCAAACAGUAUGUGGAGAGUGUCAAUAGUGGAACUUCGAAGUAGCAAAAGUGUAGUCUAGUCAAUGGUAUCAGUGACUUUCAUUUCUUUUUUACGUGUCCUUAUUCAUUUUGUGAUAUGAACUGCUUUAAUAAAAACGACAGUGUGU